AUGAAACAAGAGGCUUCGCAAGAAUUAGACUGUGAAAACAAUUGUUUGACAAAAAAAAAAUGGCCGCCCGAGCACCAAGCAAAGAAUGAGCCAAGAAAACGUAGCUUAGUCAAUGGAUUUCGCAAGAUUAAGGAUGGGGUUGUAACUCAUGGUGGAAGGACCUCUAAACUCCCGGCUCGUUAUCAGGAGACGGAUUCUGAGAGCGAGACAACCCUCAAUCGAAAAAAAAAACGGUCGAGAAAGGACGAACAAGAGACAUCUGGUGAAAGAAGCAGUACGUGUAAAAAAACAAGCAAACGAAAAAUAUGCAAAAACGGUCGAACUGAGCCGCUCAAAAAGAAAGCAGAAAAAGUUAUUAAACGAAGGAGUAGCAGUAAGUCGCUGUGUGAGGUUGAUACAAAAAAAGUUGUACAUGAAAAUGGAGAUUCGACAUUAGACGCCACUGAGGCAACGAAGAAAAAAACGAGGUCGAGUCCUUCGAGGACUAUUCCAGCGAACUUGAAAAGAAAUCUUUAUACUUCUCGCUCGGACACCGAAAGCUCAGGUGGGGAAACUCCUCGGAAAAGAGGACGAACUCCUAAAAAUGCUCAAAAUUCGAACAAGAAAGCUCGAGGAAAGAGAAAUGGAAGUAUGGACGUUGGUUCGCCACAUGGCGACUGUUUUGUGAGUGCCACGAAUGCAUGUCUAACGUCACCCAACUUGAAACCAAAGAAGAAAAAGAGAAAAUUGCUCAACGGCCUUCGAACAGCAAACUUUCUUCAGGGCGUAAGUAGCGACGAUAGCAGUAGCGAGUGCUCRCCAAAGAAAAAAAGACGGCCUCCAAAGGCAAAACAUUCAUCUUUGUCAAAGAAGGACGGCGGUUUUAGUCACGACCUUUCCACAAAGAAUGGCGUUAGAAAACCUUGGGUGCGGCCGUUGUUAAAGUCUUUGCAUGAACAAGCUUUAUAUCAAUCCCAUGAAGAACAUUUAAGUAAUUUGAAAAAAACGGRGAAUCAACUAACAAAAACAAAACUUUCAAACAUGGUCUCUCGUAAGUGCACGAACGGAGAUGUGAUAAAACGAAAACGUGGACGUCCUUCACAACUGGAUUUACUGAGGAGAAAACAGCUUGAAUCCAAAGAUGUAUUUUCAUUUACUGACGAGGAAGAUUGCAAAAAAAAUAGUAAAUUUAAUGGACAUCUCAAGAAAUUGAAAAAGCUUAAAAAGUUGAAAAAAAAUAACCAGCUGGUCAAGCGACCACUUGCAGCUAGGAAGGUAAACAAAACAGAAAAACUACUCGCAAAUAAACUCAAGAAAAAGGCUAUCAAGAGAGCUGCACAAUCUGUAGAUGCACUCAGGAAAGAUACUGUUGAAUCUAGUGACAAGGAAACUUCUGAAAGUUUGCAUUCAAGAAGACGUCAUAGGAAUAAAAUUGACAGAGUUCUAGGUAUGAGACAGAAUACAUCAGGUUCUUAUGAAUACCUUGUGCAGUGGAAAGAUGGUACUAGUUGUUGGACAUCUAAAAAAAAGGCUUCAGAUUAUGAUCUGGACUUGAAGGCUUUUCUUGGCCAUGAAUGUCAGGACCUUUGUGGAAUUAAUAGACUAGUGUUCAAGGCCUAUUAUCACGAUAACUUGGAUAAAGUUAAUUGUAGUAUAAUAAGAGCAGAGAACGAUGCAGUCUGCAUGUCAGAAAAGAAAAAAAUCUAUGAUGAUGAUGAUGAUGAUGACUUAAUCUCUGAUGCGGAUGAUAUUUAAAAAAAAAGUGAUUCUGCUCACACCAGCCCAGUAGUGAAACCUAAGAAGCGAGGGCGAAAACCUCAGGAGUGCAACAUUGACCGGGAAUUUGUUUGCAAAGAAGUUUCUGUGCAGAAAUUGAAAGACUGCAUUCACAUAACUGUUAGUCGUUCAUCAGGAAAACAAAUGAGAGUUAAUCUAAGAAUUAUAGAUUCAUUAACACUUGCAUUAGAAGAAGCUGCAGUUGAUCCUUGCGAUACUGUGGUCAUCAGUGGACUUGGGGAUGAGGUUUUUUGUGGUGUGGACUUAGAGACAAUUGUGACUGUACCAUUAGAAGGAGAAGUCAAGAAUUACAGAAAGGAUGUGGACAAAAUAAGAUAUUUGAUCCAAACAAUACAGUUCUACCCAAAACCUCUAAUAGCAACUAUUAAUAAGCCUGCUGAAGGAGUCGGUGCACAGUUAAAAAAAUUAUGUGAUAUGGUCUGUGAUAAGGCUGCACUAGGAGAUCCUAAAAAAAUCGCAGAUGCCAAAGCCAAUGGAACAAUACCAUAUUGUUUUCCAAGACUAAAAAAAAAUGCAGCAGUCAGUGAGCAUGUUCUAAUGGGACAACCACUGUCCAYGCCUGUAAAAAAAUGGCAUAAGACUUUAUCAGGAAUAUUCAAGACUACCAAGUUUACAUCAGAAAAAAAAACAUCAGUAGAGGCAAUGUCAUGUCUUCCUUCAGCGUCACACUCAGGAUCAGAAAAAAAUGAUCGCAUUAGUGCUUGCACGUCAGAGCUAGAACAGAAGUUGUCUAAGGAAAAAAAAAUGGAGAAGACCAAAUUUGAAGAGUCAAUGAAGGAACUUAUGGAAUUCUGGAAAAAAAUGACUUCAACAAUGUCAUAGUAGGUCAUGAAAGUCAUUAGGAACUGUUAAAUUCUUUUGCCUGUUUUUAGUCUUCAGAAGAGUUACCCCUGGUUUUACAACUGCUUGGCAAAAAAAUCUGACAAUUUAUCAUACUUUUCUAUUCUGUCAUUUUGAACUGAAUUGACUAUUAUUAAAAUUCCAGGGAGAAAUGUCAGUGCAGGCUGGCGUGGCUAUUCCCAAUGUUUUAUAUCCUGGGAAUGAGACUAUUCCUGCACUGUAAUUUUAAUGUACUGGGGUUUUUAAAAAAAACAAUAUGAACUGCGCAUUUAAUAUUCAGAAUAAGCUUUAGUAGUC